AUGUCUAUGGAUAAUUAUACGGUAAAGAAAGUCAUAGGUGAAGGUGCCUAUGGCCGAGCUGUCCUAUGUGUUGAAAAAGCAUCAGGCGAGUACUGUGUAAUCAAAGAAAUUGCUAUGGCAAAUCUUAGUGCCCAAGAACAAAAAGAUGCGAAGAAGGAAGUUAAGAUUCUUUCAUCUCUUCAUCAUCCUAACAUCAUUGGUUAUCGUACAAGCUUCAACGCGAAAAACGUUCUUCAUAUUGUCAUGGAUUAUGCAGAUAACGGAGAUCUUUUUACACAAAUUCAGAAUGCUCGAGGUGUACACUUCAAGGAAGACCAAAUUCUCGAUUGGUUCGUCCAAAUUUGCCUUGCUCUUAAACAUAUUCACGAUAGAAAAAUUUUACACAGAGAUAUCAAGUGCCAGAACAUUUUCUUAAUGAAAAAUGGUAUGAUCAAAAUGGGUGAUUUCGGUAUUGCAAAGAUUUUGGAUCACACAACACAAUUAUCUAAAACAGCGAUUGGUACACCAUAUUACUUGUCCCCAGAAAUAUGCGAAGGCAAAGCUUACAACUCCAAGUCUGAUAUUUGGUCCCUUGGAUGCGUCCUUUAUGAGCUUUGUACGCUGAAUCAUGCUUUCGAUGCAAAUUGCAUGAACGGUUUGAUCAUGAAGAUUCUCCGUUCGAAGCAUGCUCCUAUCCCUUACUACUACAGCCAGCCACUUCGUUCUCUUGUCGAUAGUUUGUUAAAUAAAGAUGCUAAAAAGCGUCCAUCAAUCAACCAAAUCCUUAAACUCGACUUUAUUCGUAAUAGAAUCGGUAACUUACUUAGCGCUACGAUGCAGAAGAUCGAAUUUAGCCAUACUGUAUUUCAUAAAGUCAAAGCUUGUGAAACACCAGAUAAUUUGAAGCCAGAAAACUUCCACAAACAAGAAGAAUUAGCUCCUAUAUCAGAAGAUAAGCCACAAGUCCAACCUCAGCAAGUUGCCCCAUCAAAUAACGUUAUUAACAACAAACCGCACGUUAAACCUACACCAAAACCAUACGCUCCUAUCAAGCAGGCCCAACCACCUGCUCCUGAGAAGCCGCCGAUCGCCAAACGCCCAUCUCCAGCAAAUGCUCCAGCAAUUGCAAAGAGACCAUCACCGGCUGCACCUAAAAAACCAAAAGUAAGCCUUGUAGCUGCUGCCGCCGCUGAAAAACCAGCGAAAGGAGGAAUGAAGUUAACAUCUCAUUCAAAUCAAUCGAAAGAAGAACUAAUUAAGAAGAAGAACGAGAUGGUUAUGGCUGAAAGAGAGAAACAGAAGCAAUUAAAGGCAGCCAGAGAAGAAGAAGCCAGAAAACAAGAAGAAAUUGAGAACCAAAAGAGAUUAGAAGUCCAAGAAAAGCACAAACAAGCAGCAUUAGAGAGAAAGAGAAAACUUGAAGAGCUCAAACGCGAAGAUGCUGCUCGAAAGAAGAAAUUUGAUAAUCUUGAAGCUCCUUUCAAAGCCCAGAUGAAAGCUCCACCUCCACAACCAUCCAAACCUGCAAGAGCUCGUCCAGCACUUCCAUCUUCUUCUAAUUCUGAGUCUCCAAGGUCAACUGGAAGUAAUCAGAGUUCCGACAACGAACAGAAAGGUUCAGACAGGCUAACGGCAUCACCACGUAGCGAUGAAGACGAGAAGCCAAUGAAAGUCACAGUCAGACCAGGCAAAGUAAAGAAGCGGGAUGAAGAAAUUUCAAAUCUCAGAGAAAUGAUCCAGAGGAAACGCGCUGAGUUAAGAAGACAAGCAAUGGCUGAGAAAGAAAACGUUAUCAAGAUCGGUGGCGUAGAAAUCCCAGCAGAUAUACCAAAGCAACAACCAGAAAAUCAACAAAAAUCUGAACCUCAGAAAAUUGAACAGCCUCAGAAAAUUGAGGAACCUCAGAAAAUUUCAGAGCCACCAAAACCAGAAGAGAAGAAACCAGAGCCUGUUCAAGAUAAGAAAGAAGGCGAAAUCAAGGUCCAAGAAGACAAGAAAGAAGGUGAAAAGCCGAAGAAGAGUUUCCAAGAUUUCAUUGAUAUGUCAAGUAGUGACGAAAGCGAUGACGAAGCAAACGAACUUAUUGAGUUGGCCGCCAUUGCUAAGAGCAUCUUCGAUAACCCACCAGAUGACGAUGAAGCUGAAGAAGAAGGCGAAGAACACCAUGAAGAAGAAAAACCAGCACCAGGAAAAUUCAUUUUCAAUGGAAAAGAAUUGAUUUUGGAUUACGUCAGUGGUGAUGAUUCAUUGAGCUACAGAGUUGAAGCAUUAAGACAGUUCAUUGAACAGGGUUUGGGAUUAGACACUUUCCUUGCUAUAUAUAAACUGUUGACUGAUGAAUCUGAUAACAUGUCUGAUGUCGAUAUCGAUAAGAAGACAAAGGAAAUCUUGCAUACAAAGGAUCAGUUGACAUUCUACCCUCUACUUAACCAAUUGAUCAAGUGUGAAGAUACACUUAACCAAGCAUAA